UUCCCUCCCAGAAGGGCGGGGAAACAGAGAGGAAAUGCUGCUGCAGCCAAAGGGAAAAAGGCUUCCUCCCUCCCUCCCUGCUGGAGUUUGGCUUCCCCCUUUUCAGAUCCGGAAGGAAGGCGUUUCUGUGCUUGAUUUGCAGCCAGCUGGAAGGGAGCAGGGAAGGCUUGGCUUUGGAGAAGCCAAGCAUGGCAGCCCAGGAGCCCCCCAUCCACUCCAUUCCUUUGGAAGAGGAACCCAGGCUGCUGAAGCUGAAGAAGAAGUUCAUCUCUAAAUUUAAAUCCACUCCCAAGUUUUAUGCUCGAGCACCAGGGCGAGUCAACUUAAUAGGAGAACAUAUUGAUUACUGUGGGUAUGCUGUACUCCCAAUGGCCAUAGACCAAGAUAUACUCAUUGCAGCCGAACCUCUGAACACUCCUGUCAUCCACUUGGCCAAUGCAAACGACUUGUAUGCGGAUUUUAGCACAAAUGUUGAUAACAUUCAGAUUAAUCAAACAAAACCGUUGUGGCACAACUACUUCUUAUGUGGAUUCAAAGGAAUUGAGGAUCAUUUCGGUCUCGACAGCCCAAGUGGAAUGAACUGCCUUAUAGAGGGCACGAUUCCCCCAAGUUCUGGCCUCUCCAGCUCCAGCGCUUUGGUUUGCUGUGCGGGACUUGUGACUCUCAUGGCAAAUGGGAAGACUCUUCCAAAGGUGGAAUUGGCUGAACUUUGCAGCAAGAGUGAACGCUAUAUUGGCACACAAGGAGGAGGCAUGGACCAAUCCAUCUGUUUCCUUGCAGAGAAAGGAACGGCCAAGCUGAUAGAGUUCAAUCCUCUGAGGGCAACUGAUGUGAAGCUUCCAGAGGGAGUUGCUUUUGUUAUCGCAAACAGUUGCGUGGAAAUGAACAAGGCAGCAACUUCUCAUUUCAAUAUUAGGGUGAUGGAGUGUCGUCUGGCCACAAAGCUUUUAGCAAAAUCCAGAGGCCUAGACUGGAAAGCAAUGCAAAAGCUCCAGGACGUACAGAUCAAACUCAAACGGAGCUUAGAGGAAAUGCUGGAUGUGGUUGAGGAGGUGCUUCACCCUGAGCCUUACAGCAUCGAGGAAAUUGGAGAAAAACUGGGAAUUAGCCCCAAAGAGCUUCGCAGUGAGAUCCUCAGCCAGAACACCCAAGAUGUGGCCACUUUUAAGUUGUACCAGCGUGCAAACCAUGUGUACAGUGAAGCUGCCCGAGUGCUGGAGUUCAAAAAGACCUGUAUGGAGGCACCUGAUGAUGCUGUCUGGUUGUUGGGAGAUGCAAUGAACAAAAGUCACUCCAGCUGCAGAGACUUGUACGAGUGCAGCUGCCCCGAACUGGACCGGCUGGUGGACGUCUGCCUGCAAUCUGGAGCAGUUGGAUCGCGCCUCACUGGGGCAGGAUGGGGUGGCUGCACCGUGUCAAUGGUUCCUGUGGACAAACUGGAGACAUUCCUCACAAACGUGAAAGAGGCUUACUAUACCAAGAGGAGGCCGGGAUUAGUCAUGGAGGAAAGCACCUUGUUUGCCACCAACCCUGGUGGUGGAGCUAUGGUUUUUCUUGAGGCCUAAAGGAUGACUAACCCAAAAAAUAGUUGGGGACGCUGUGAAGUUGACAGAGCCCUGGCAAUACUGUUUUUGAAAAACUGUUUUAACCUGUUUAUACCAAUCACUGUGAUAAUCCUUUUUUUAAAAAAAAAUUAAGAACAUUACUUAUUUAGGCAAUCCCUCGUAGCCCGAGGAUGAUGGUCCUCCAAGUGAUACCAAUUCUAUGGCGGUUCGUGGCUUCAUUGACAGCUGGACUGGCUCUGUUGAGAUAUCCCUCUGCACCGACUCUUCUGGAGUCACAGGGGUAGAGUGGACAGCAACCGACACAUUUAUAUCCCACUGGUGACCUUCUGCAGUUGGGUGUUUUGCUAUGAUAGUCACCUCCGAUUUCUUUGGUGGAAGACUCUUUGAGGUGCUUUUAACUUGUCCUGAAGCAGAAAGUACUAUGAGGGAUAUGGCUAUACUGGAAGUGAGUGGUUCUAUUGGUGGUUGGGCUGGCAUUGUUGGAGUAUUUACAAGUGCGUUCAAUUUAUUUUCUGCGGUGGAUCCGUAGGUGUCUGUGGAGCCCUAUUCUUGACCACAUUUUCUCCCGCAGUGAGGACAACGGUUUCCAGGUGGAAGGUGGUCCCGGUCAGGGUUGGCUUGACACACCUUCCUCUUGGCACAUUUCUCCCUUUCACCCUCCAUUCGUGCCUCUUCAAAUUCUACAGCACUGCUGGUCACAGCUGACCUCCAGUGAGUUGCCAUGACGCACCUUCCUCUUGGCGCAUUUCUCCCUCAACCAAUUAUCCUGCUAUACAAGUAAACGAUGGCUAUGCUGGUAUGGCUGUACCAGGAGCUCCAACUUUAUUUUCUUUCUGUUAUCUGUUUUGCAGUCAUAGGACAGGCCUCCUGUCCAUCAUAAUUAAGCUUUGGUUCCGCCCCUUGUUCAGGGCUCUGGGAGGGAAAGGAGCCAUUUUUGGGGCAGUCUCACACAAGGUAGCUAAGCUAUAGGACGUAGACCAGCUCGUCCCGUAGAAAAGCUUCCUUUCUCAAUAACCAUCCAGGGAAAAAGAGGCAUCCAGAGAAAAAUAACAUCCGGGAAUAGAGAAGCAGAAAUUCCAGGAGAAAGGUCCCAAAAGCUCUGGCUGAGAGCUCACAGCCUCACAGCAUCAGAGGGAACAGCCCUGAAGUUUCUAAGAAUUCUCGAAGGGAGAACAGCACUACAGAUCCAUGGAACUCCAGCUGAAAUAUCUUCAAGCCUCGGCUGGUAGGUCUACUCGAUACUCAGACGCAUUUGGAGUCGGUAGUAGGUCUCACACCGAUGAGGCAUAGAUAGAAAGCAGCCUGAGAGAGGUUAAAAAGGGUUUUUCCUACAGAGAAAGUUUAGUUAAUCAGUCAGGUGCCAGUCCAUUGAGGACUAGACUAAGAAAGCCUUGAAGUGUUGUUUGAACAAUUGAAGAUUUGUUGUUUGUUCCAUAAUAAAGACUUUGUUGCAUAGUUAAA